AUAACGCCAGGGCUCAGGUGAGACCUGGAGAGAGAACCGCGGCUGGCACCGCCUCCGCAGCCUGCUACAUCAUCUGCCGGCUCUCGGCCAGGAGCUCGGCCCUCCGCGAUCCGCGCGCACCGCACGGAAGGGCGCAUCUGCACCCCGCGGCCCGUGCUCGGGAGCGAGGAGCGAAAAGUUGUGCGCCCACUUGGUGUAGGGGGGAGAGGGAGCGAAGCGGCGAGGCGGGGAGGGGGCGGGGUGGGGGACUGCUUACAUGAAUUUCCAAGUGGUAGACCUGCCUCUGCGCUCUGCCCAAUGAGAUCCAUCAGGGGAGGCACCCGGCUCACUUUUCCACAUCACUUCACAGUUACAUUUGGCAGGCAGGCGGGCUCGCACGCCGGAGCGCUCAGCCCGGAAUUAGUGGAUUUAUUUGGAAUCUCCCUGCGUCCUACAAGCUCCUCCACCGCCGCCGGCUUGUGCAUAGACGGUAGCAUCAAGCCAGCGGCUGCACUUCGGGCUGCGGACAACCCAGAGCCCGCGCCCCUCGCCCCGCGUCCCCGCACCGGCUCCGAGAGGCAUGCACGGAAUCCGGGGGCGCCUGCCCAGCGCGCAGGGACGGGUCAGCGCUCGCCGCCCCCGGGAGCCGACCCCGAGCCCCUCCAGCCAUUUGUGAACCAGGAAGGAGGCUUGAAAUUCGCCAGCUAGGAGCCACACGAAGAGAAGUUUCAAUGAAAAGAAAUGCCAAUGGAUUGUGGUCUUAGAAAAGCUGCUUAGAUGAUGUCUGUUUCCCGUGCUAUAGACACGUGGCAGAGCUGUAAGUAAAUGCUCCACACUGCUUGAUGAAUUGGAUGGCUGCAGAUUGGAGACAACAAAAAUAAUUGUCUCGUUUUCGUGGUGAUUUCCUUAACUGGUGGGACCAUGCCAGAACGGCUAGCAGAAAUGAUCCUGGAUCUCUGGACUCCAUUAAUAAUAUUAUGGAUUACUCUACCCCCCUGCAUUUUCAUGGCUCCAAUGAAUCAUUCUCAAGUUUUAAUGAGUGGAUCCCCUUUGGAACUAAACAGGCUGAGGGAAGAACAGCGGAUUUUGAAUCGCUCCAAAAGAGGCUGGGUUUGGAAUCAAAUGUUUGUCCUGGAAGAGUUUUCUGGACCUGAACCGAUUCUUGUUGGCCGGCUACACACAGACCUGGAUCCUGGGAGCAAAAAGAUUAAGUAUAUCCUAUCAGGCGAUGGAGCUGGGACAAUCUUUCAAAUAAAUGAUAUAACUGGAGAUAUCCAUGCUAUAAAAAGACUUGACCGAGAGGAAAAGGCUGAGUAUACCCUAACAGCUCAGGCGGUGGACUGGGAGACAAGCAAACCUCUUGAGCCUCCUUCUGAAUUUAUCAUUAAAGUUCAAGACAUCAACGACAACGCACCGGAGUUUCUUAAUGGACCCUAUCAUGCUACCGUGCCGGAAAUGUCCAUUUUGGGUACAUCUGUCACUAAUGUAACAGCUACAGAUGCUGAUGAUCCAGUUUAUGGAAACAGUGCAAAGUUGGUUUACAGUAUCUUGGAAGGACAGCCUUAUUUUUCCAUUGAGCCCGAAACAGCUAUUAUAAAAACUGCCCUGCCCAACAUGGACAGAGAGGCCAAGGAGGAGUACCUGGUCGUCAUCCAAGCCAAAGAUAUGGGUGGACACUCUGGUGGCCUGUCUGGGACCACGACACUGACAGUGACCCUUACUGAUGUUAAUGACAAUCCUCCAAAAUUUGCACAGAGUCUGUAUCACUUCUCAGUACCAGAAGAUGUGGUUCUUGGCACUGCAAUAGGAAGGGUGAAGGCCAACGAUCAGGACAUUGGUGAAAAUGCACAGUCAUCCUAUGACAUCAUUGACGGAGACGGGACAGCACUGUUUGAAAUCACUUCUGAUGCCCAGGCCCAGGAUGGCAUUAUAAGACUAAGGAAGCCUCUGGACUUUGAGACCAAAAAAUCCUAUACGCUGAAGGUAGAGGCAGCCAAUGUCCAUAUUGACCCACGUUUCAGCAGCAGGGGGCCUUUUAAAGAUACGGCAACGGUCAAAAUUGUUGUCGAGGAUGCGGACGAGCCUCCUGUCUUCUCCUCACCGACGUACCUCCUUGAAGUACACGAGAAUGCUGCUCUGAACUCUGUGAUCGGGCAAGUGACCGCGCGUGACCCUGACAUCACUUCCAGUCCUAUAAGGUUUUCCAUCGACCGGCACACUGACCUGGAGAGGCAGUUCAACAUUAAUGCAGAUGAUGGGAAGAUAACACUGGCAACACCACUUGACAGAGAAUUAAGCAUGUGGCACAACAUAACAAUCAUUGCUACCGAAAUUAGGAACCACAGUCAGAUAUCACGAGUACCUGUUGCUAUUAAAGUGCUGGAUGUCAAUGACAACGCCCCUGAAUUCGCAUCCGAAUAUGAGGCAUUUUUAUGUGAAAAUGGAAAACCCGGCCAAGUCAUUCAAACAGUAAGCGCCAUGGACAAGGAUGAUCCCAAAAAUGGACAUUAUUUCUUGUACAGUCUUCUUCCAGAAAUGGUCAACAAUCCGAAUUUCACCAUCAAGAAAAAUGAAGAUAAUUCUCUCAGCAUAUUGGCAAAGCAUAAUGGAUUCAACCGCCAGAAGCAAGAAGUCUAUCUUUUACCAAUCGUAAUCAGUGACAGUGGAAAUCCUCCACUGAGCAGCACCAGCACCCUAACCAUCCGUGUCUGUGGCUGCAGCAAUGAUGGUGUUGUCCAGUCUUGUAAUGUUGAAGCUUAUGUCCUUCCCAUUGGACUCAGUAUGGGCGCCUUAAUUGCCAUAUUAGCAUGCAUCAUUUUGCUGCUAGUCAUUGUGGUGCUGUUUGUAACUCUGCGGCGACAUAAAAAUGAGCCAUUAAUUAUCAAAGAUGAUGAAGAUGUUCGAGAAAACAUCAUUCGCUAUGAUGACGAAGGAGGAGGGGAGGAGGACACAGAGGCUUUUGACAUUGCAACGUUACAAAACCCAGAUGGAAUUAAUGGAUUUUUACCCCGUAAGGAUAUUAAACCAGAUUUGCAGUUUAUGCCAAGGCAAGGGCUUGCUCCAGUUCCGAAUGGUGUUGAUGUCGAUGAAUUUAUAAAUGUAAGGCUGCACGAGGCAGAUAAUGACCCCACAGCCCCGCCCUAUGACUCCAUUCAGAUAUAUGGCUAUGAAGGUCGAGGGUCUGUGGCUGGCUCCCUCAGCUCCUUGGAGUCCACCACAUCAGACUCAGACCAGAAUUUUGACUACCUCAGUGACUGGGGUCCCCGUUUUAAGAGACUGGGCGAACUCUACUCUGUUGGUGAAAGUGACAAAGAAACUUGACAGUGGAUUAUAAAUGAAUCACUGGAACUGAGCAUUCUGUAAUAUUCUAGGGUCACUCCCCUUAGAUACAACCAAUGUGGCUAUUUGUUUUAGAGGCAAGUUUAGCACCAAUCAUCUACAAACUCAACCACAUUUUAAUGUUGAACCAAAAAAAUAAUAAUAAAAUAAAAAAUAUAUGUUAGGAGGUUAUAAAUCUUGUGGAGUGUGAAUUAAGUAUGUGGAGUGUCUAGAAGUCUUUGGAUAUUUGAUAUUUACCUGACCACCACAGACAA